GCCUUUCCCUCUGUCGCAGUAGGUCAUAACACACAAUCAUGUCUUCUGAGGCAGGACAAGUGAGAAAACUCAUUUCUCCCAGCUGCCUGCUCUGUGUGACUCUCAUUCUGCAGCUUCUGAGCAAAGUCUCCCACAUAACAGCAAGCGAUGUAGACUCUGGUGUUCGUCACGCUCGCGCGGUGGUGAAUCCGGUAGUAGUCCAGCCGGUGGACUGUGUCUUAUCAGAGUGGAGUGCUUGGUCUCCCUGUGAUGUCUGUCAAAAAAAGAGAUAUCGUUUUGCCAAGCUGCAGCAGCCCUCUCAGUUUGGGGGUGAGCCGUGCAAGUUCCAUGGUCGUGAGGAGGAGGCCUGUGCUGUUUCAGCUCGCUACACAUGUGACAGUGUACCUCUUUGUGAAGGAUUCCUCUGCACCCACACAGGUCGCUGUGUCCACAGAACCCUGCAGUGUAACGGGGAAGAUGACUGCGGCGACAUGUCAGAUGAAGUUGGCUGCAAGAAAGUCUCCAAACCCUGCAGGGAGGAGGCCGAGGAGUACUGGGGAAUCGAGAAUCUCGCCAAAGGGAUAAACGUCUUGAACAGUGACCUGGAAGGGGUGGUGCUUGACAAUAGAUACUAUGCAGGCAGCUGCCUGCCUCAUUAUAUUCAGGACGUGCCGUUCAGGAAGCCUUACAACCUGCAGCAAUACACAUUACAGACAAAGGGCUCAUAUGAUUUCACCCUGCAGUCGUUCGAGAGCUACUCUGAUUUCAUGCAAUACACAAUGAGUGAACGCAGCACACAGGUGUCAUUCUCCCUUGGCUUUGGUGUUCCAGGAGUUUUCAAUUUUGGAUUCAAUUUCAAAGACUCCAAAUACAGCAAGUCAGUCAGCCAGAUUCGCCGUGCCUCUAGCAAAACAAACAGUUUCAUCAGAGCCAAAGCGGAGCUGGAGUUGGCCCAGUACAUUCUGAAGUCAGAGGAUUUGGUGCUUCACCCUGAGUUUCUGCGGCGCCUACGCUCUCUGCCACAGUCUUAUGUUUACGGGGAAUACAGGCAGAUCUACAGAGACUUUGGCACACACUACAUCACUGAGGCCGCCCUCGGAGGAGACUUUGAGCACACUAUCAUCCUAAACAAGGAGAAAUUGGAAAAGUCAGAUUAUUCUCUGGAGGAAUACAAGAAGUGUGUGCAGGUUGGCUUUAAUGUGGGGGCAAACAUUUACGGUGUUUACGUGUCAGGAGGGGUUGAGGGCGGAUCCUGUGAUGGACUUCUGAACGAGAUGGGAGAGAGCACGAAGAAGGGUAGCAUGGUGGAGGACUUUGUUGCUGUCGUCAGGGGUGGAAGCAGUGAAAGCAUCACCGCUUUGCUCUCUAAGAAACUUCCCAGUCCACAGCUCAUGAGACUGUGGGGUGAAGGCGUGCGCUAUAAUCCCGACUUUAUUCGCAUGACAACGCGGCCGCUGUAUGAGCUGGUGGUCUCCAGAGACUUCACCUAUCGUGAUACUCUCAAAAGAAACCUAAAGAGGGCUCUGUCGGAGCAUCUGGCCGAAUCGAGCUCAUGUCGCUGCGCUCCAUGUCACAACAAUGGAGUGGCUGUUUUGAAAGGGACAAGGUGUGAGUGUGUGUGUCCUGUUGGCUACACUGGAAGGAGCUGUGAGGUCACUCAAAGGCAAAAAGAAAUAGCCAUUGAUGGCAGCUGGAGCUGUUGGGGUGCGUGGUCAUCUUGUGGAGGAGGGAAAAAGUCCAGGACCCGGCAGUGCAACAACCCAGCACCCAGCAAUGGAGGAAUUGAAUGCUGGGGACCGCAAGAGGAGUCAACUGAUUGCUUUUAAAGUGCAAGAUAUGACAAAGAUCGUAAAUCUUUAGUUUGAGAAGAAAUCUUGGCUUGUGCUACAAUUCAUUUGAAAAAAAUAAAAAUAUAUUCAACUGAAUUGUUACGUA